GGUUGUCUAUGGUUAGGUGUAACGUUUGGUCGCUCGGUGCCGUCGUUACAUGUGUGAGGAAGAGGGAAGGGGGGAGGCUGACAACUGGGCUUUACAGCUAAUUCGGCACCCGAAAGCGCUGCGCUCCGAUGGGGUCGACGGGGAUGAAAUGACGAUGCCUAACGUGUACUUCCGACGAUGACAACGCUCUCCUUUACUUUAAGUUUAAACCCAGUGGGUAGAAGACUCUCCUCCAUGCCCACCCUUCCUUUUACCCAAACCAGUCCCUGUAACCCGACGACUUUCCCCUCCUACUUUAUCCCGCCGCUUUCACCCCUCCCGAGAACACACCCUGCUGCUCCGCCCAAACGCAACCAAGCCAAGGAUUUUCAACAGCACAUACUAAGAGCCAAUCAGGAGCCUUGAAGCCAUUCAGGAAUUAACAAUACAACUCGUAAUCUACCUGAACAUUGAGGAAAAAACUGCGGAUAAUUAAUCCACAAAGAGGAAAACAACAGAAAAAUUCGGAUAAACUGGCAGUACGUGUCUACCUUUGAAGAAGAGCACAGCAAUUAUGAUAUUCCGCCAAGGUGGAGAAGAAAGCUGAAGCGAUUAAUAGGGGGUGGAAACAGAAACAAAGAAAGAUAUAAAGGGAAAAAAUUGAGAAAUUGCACCUUUCACACAUUUUAACUGCGUAUACACACACACCAGUCACUCACACAAAGACUGAGCACACACAUAGUAUAUUAUAAUAUAUCUGCAAUACUAUACACAACAUUAUAUAUACACAUCGAACAUCCACAAUAUCCAUCUGUACUUGCACAAAUUCCCACACUCUAUUAUCACACUAUCAGACUCCAAAUGCUCAUAUAAACACCCGCAUAUGAACGACAACCUUAGAAUCCCAAACACGCAAACACAACCGGAUCUGACACUUAACAGUCCACGCUGUGAAUCCCCCUUUUGGAAACCUGUGUGGACCAGACAUACACAAGCUCACCCUUAACCUCUCUCACGCUAUCAGAUAACAACCUCACGCACUCGUUCACACCUUCCACGGCCUCAAGAUGAUGUGUGAGGUGAUGCCCACCAUCUCAGAGGAUGGACGGGGAGGCGGAGGAGGCCCGUCCUCUCCUGCUGGAGGGGGUGGUGGUUUGGGUGGCGGUGCAGGGGGUGUUGGCGGCGGGUAUGGGGGCCGAGAGGCUCGUGGUGGGGACGAGGGAGGGAGCACUGGAAACCUGGAGUCUCUGAUGGUGAACAUGCUGACGGAGAGAGAGAGGCUGCUGGAGAGUCUCAGAGAGACCCAGGACUGUCUCGGCACGGCACAGUUACGUCUGCGAGAGCUGGGUCACGAGAAGGACUCGCUGCAGAGACAACUGUCCAUCGCACUGCCACAGGAGUUCGCGGUGUUGACCAAAGAGCUGAAUGUAUGUCGAGAGCAGCUGCUGGAGAGAGAGGAAGAAAUCGCUGAGCUCAAGGCGGAGAGGAACAACACACGGCUCCUGCUGGAGCACCUGGAGUGUCUGGUGUCUCGUCACGAGCGUUCUCUGAGGAUGACUGUGGUAAAGAGACAGGCUCAGUCUCCUGCUGGAGUCUCCAGUGAGGUCGAGGUGCUCAAAGCCCUCAAGUCUCUUUUUGAACAUCACAAAGCCCUGGAUGAAAAGGUGCGUGAAAGAUUGCGUGUGGCUUUAGAGAGAGUCGCUGUUUUAGAAGAAGAGCUGGAGACGUCUACAAAUGAGGUUCUAUCUUUGCGGGAUCAGAUUAAAAGGCGAGAACGGGGUUUGGACAAUGGAAAGGAACGGCUUCCCAACGGCCCCUCUUCUCUCUUGGAUGAUGGAGAGAUCGACAGACAGAGAGAGGGAGAAAUAGAGAGACAGAGAUCAGAACUUUCUCAGUUAAAGGAGAGACUCGCUCUUAUGUGCAGACAGGUUGGCGAGAUCGAGGAACAGCUCACCACGGCCAGGAGGGAAUUGGCUAAAUCUGAGGAAGCCAAUCAGAAGCUUCAGAGGGACGUAAAAGAGGCGCUGUGUCAAAGAGAAGACAUGGAAGAACGGAUCACCACUUUGGAGCGCAGGUACCUCAGUGCCCAGAGGGAGGCAACAUCUCUCCAUGACAUCAAAGACAAGCUGGAGAACGAGCUUGCCAGCAAAGAAUCUUUAUACAGACAGAGUGAAGAAAAGAACCGGCAGCUCCAGGAGCGUCUGGAUGAUGCUAAGCAAAAGCUACAGCAGACCCUCCAGAGGGCUGAGACGCUUCCCGAGAUCGAGGCGCAGCUCGCCCAGAGGGUGGCGGCACUUAACAAGGCGGAGGAACGCCACGGGAACUUUGAGGAGCGACUGAGGCAGCUGGAGGCACAACUGGAGGAGAAGAAUCAGGAGUUACAGAGGGCGAGGCAGAGGGAGCGGAUGAAUGACGAACACAACAAGCGUCUCUCCGACACGGUGGACAAGCUUCUGUCAGAGUCCAAUGAGAGACUUCAACUGCACCUGAAGGAGAGAAUGGCUGCCCUGGAGGAGAAGAACUCUCUCUCUGAGGAACUGGCAAAUAUGAAGAAGAUCCAAGAUGAUCUCUUAGCAAACAAGGAUCAACUCAUUGCAGAGCUGGAGAGGCUUCAGCUAGAGCUGGACCAGCUGAGAGGAAGACCCGGUUCUUCAUACUCGCGAUCUCUGCCUGGAAGCGCUCUGGAGCUCAGAUACUCUCAAGGAGGCGGGUCACUUCCUGCCGGCUCCACCACCCACCUGGAUCACUAUGGGAACACAGGCACUGGAGGUGUGGUCAGACGGACCCAUCGUGGACGUUGGGGCGGGGCCAGAGAGGAAGCUAGCAAAUAUGGAGACUGGGACAAUGGGGCUUUGCUGGGCACUGGCUUUGAGGGCGGCGUGGAGGACAGGUGUUCUGAUGACGAAGAGGAUCGGGAGACGCUCUUCGGCUCAGAGCUCCUCUCACCGAGCGGGCAGACGGAUGUUCAGACUCUCGCCAUCAUGUUGCAGGAACAGCUGGAGGCCAUCAAUAAGGAGAUUAAGCUGAUUCAGGAAGAGAAAGAAAGCACAGAGCUUCGUGCUGAAGAGAUCGAGAGUCGGGUCAGCAGCGUGGCUCUGGACGGCCCGCCCAUCCCUCCGACCUCUUUUGGGCGGGACAGCACAGGACGGGGCUUCAUCCCCCCCUCCCUAACAUCCUCCACUCUGGCAUCACCGUCUCCACCCAGUUCUGGGCACUCCACCCCCCGCCUUCCCCACUCCCCAGCACGCGAGACAGACAGACAGAACAACAAAGAAGACGAUAGGUCCUUGGCCCUUCUGGACUCCACCCCUCCGCCCACUCCUCGCGCACUGCGAUUGGAUAGGAUGACACACACUCAUCCCGGCGCGAUGUUGGAUGACAGCCGCGAGUUCCGCAGCCUCUCAGCGGAUGGAAGCAGCUCGAACAGCAGUCAGGACUCCCUCCACAAGGCCAGCAAAAAGAAAAGCAUCAAGUCUUCCAUCGGCCGGCUCUUUGGAAAGAAGGAAAAGGUCAGGAUGGGUCAGCCUGGACGUGAGUCAGCAUCUCUGGCCUCCACUCCCUCUGAUGAUCUGGGCUCCAUGGAUCCUCUCGGGCUCACCAAGAUGGCCGGUCCGGUGGAUAAGGACCGGCGCAGCAAGAAAAAGCAUGAACUUUUGGAGGAGGCUUGUCGACAGGGUCUGCCCUUUGCAUCCUGGGAUGGACCCACUGUUGUUUCCUGGCUUGAACUGUGGGUGGGCAUGCCGGCAUGGUACGUGGCAGCGUGUCGGGCUAACGUCAAGAGUGGAGCUAUCAUGGCUAACCUGUCAGAUACGGAGAUCCAGAGGGAGAUCGGCAUCAGUAACCCGCUGCACCGCCUCAAACUGAGACUGGCCAUUCAGGAAAUGGUGUCCCUGACCAGCCCCUCCGCCCCGGCCAGCACUCGCUCCUCGACCAGUAACGUGUGGAUGACUCAUGCUGAGAUGGAGUCCCUGACCGCAGCAACCAAACCAGAGCUGAAAGAGAUUAGCUGGGAUCAGAUCCUGGCCUAUGGAGAUAUGAACCAUGAGUGGGUGGGCAACGAUUGGCUCCCCAGUUUGGGUUUGCCCCAGUACAGAAGCUACUUCAUGGAAUCGCUGGUGGAUGCACGGAUGUUGGACCAUCUGACCAAGAAAGAGCUACGGGGGCAGCUCAAGAUGGUGGAUAGUUUCCACAGGGUGAGCCUGCAUUAUGGCAUCAUGUGCCUGAAGCGCCUCAAUUAUGACCGCAAGGAGCUGGAGAGGAGGAGAGACGAGAGCCAGCACCAGAAUAAAGAUGUGAUGGUGUGGUCAAAUGAACGCGUGAUGUGUUGGGUUCAGUCUAUUGGCUUGAAGGAGUACGCAGAUAAUCUGACCGAGAGCGGUGUGCACGGAGCCCUGCUUGCGCUCGACGACACCUUUGACUAUACUGACCUCGCCCUGCUCCUGCAAAUACCCAAUCAAAACACACAGGCUCGACAACUUUUGGAGAAGGAAUACAACUCUCUUAUCGCCAUGGGAACAGAGAGGAGGCCGGACGAGGAUGGCACAAAGACGUUUACCCGCUCUCCUUCAUGGAGGAAGAUGUUCCGGGAGAAGGAUCUGAGGGGGGUUACCUCUGACUCCUCAGAGACUCUGCCUGCUAACUUCCGUGCCUCAGCCAUCUCUACUCCCUCAGUCACCUUAAGAAAAGUCCAGAGCGAUGCAUCUCCAAGGCCAGAGUCUGGCUCUGUGAGGACAUACUCCUGUUGAGACACCGCAAAGGAGGUGCUGUUGUCAGAGAGCUGGAAUCGGCUUUACAUUUCAUUCACGGGGAGGAGGGGGGAAUAAACAGAAAAAAGCAAUGAAUAUAUACAUUUAUAAAUAUAACUCUACUGGUCUGACCAUUCUGCAAUAACAGAAGAGGAGAGGAAAAAAGAGAAGGAGAAAUGGAUAUUAAAAGAACAAAAAAGAACCUACGGACAAAAGACGCGAAGAAUGUACGACACGGAGAGCAGUAAGAAACGGGAUGGAAUGGUUGGAAGAAUCGGAUGACUGUUUAAUCUUUUUUUCUGUCAUACUCUCUUCUCUCUUCCUGUGUCUGUGCUGAUGGAACAUCUGUAGAUGGACUCUCUUUUUGUCUUUCCAUCCUUUGUUAAAUAUGGAGCUGCCUACAGCCCUAGUUCCUCGGAAUGGGUUUUACUUGCCUCACUGACUGCCUAGAAACGUCCUCUUGAAGCGGUCAUUGUUUCGAGUGAAUUCUUGAUAGAAAAGGAUGUUUGUUGCACCCUACACACACUUCAGUGAUGUUUACAUACAGAAAAUCAGUUUAAGGAGGUUAAGAGGAAAUAGAGUCAAAGAGCCCGGGCUGAGUGCAGGUGUGCAGCAGCGAGAAGUUCGCUGUAUAGUUUUUCUCAGUCAAAAGGGCGAGCACAAGAGAAGAGGAAAGCUAGAUAAAGGCUACAGUGAGAGUUACAUGUAAGGCAUGAUCAGAGCAACAGGGCACAAUUCUUGUUUAAUUUUCAAAAAUGUAGACAAAAUCGAUCAAUGGAGGUCAUCGAAAAUGUCCGUCAGUGAACGGAAGCUGGUGGCAGGUAGAUGGGAGAAAAACUAGGAGAUAAUGAGAAAGAGCUGCUUGCGGAUGAAGCAAGUGACCAGCAGAAAGGAGUGUGGAAGUGUCCCGAUGGAUCGAAUCAUUCUUACAACGCAAGCCAUAAAUAAAACCAAUUGGUGUAUCAAGGAGGAAGAACAGGGGGCGGGGAGGGUUCAGGGUUAAAACACGUGAGAGAAAUUGUUUAGCUUCUGUGUUGCGAUGCAUGUCAAACAACCAAGAUGACAACGAAAACUUUUUGGGGAAUAAGACCAUAUGAAUUAAAAAUAAAAAUUAUGUGUACAUUAACGUAUGAGGUAAGAGCUUGGGGAACAAUUUGUAAAAUGUGUGUAUUUUCAUUUUUAUUUUUUAUUUUUAUGAUAACUAUAUUUAUUUUCUUUAUGUAUGUAUUGAAUAACUGUAUGUACAUGUUCAUUUAAUAAUUCUGACUGUAAUUUAAUUUGGUCUAGUUUAAAGCGUAAAUAUGAAAUAUUCAAAACAUGGUCAUUAAAAUAUGCUACUUGUAUGUGUAAAUUUUGACAACAAAAUUGUGUUAUGAUUUAAAAACAAACCAUUACUGUUGAAGAGGAUGACAGUGACUCAAAUUGAAAAUGAUGUCUGCAAAAUAAACAUUAAUGAUAAUGAUGAUAACAAUGAAAACAAAAUAAAGUGUUCCUAAUGGUAC